CUAUUCAUUUCCACAUAAAAUUCUGCUGAAAUUUUGAUAUGGCGUAUAAAUUAGAAUUCCCAGAUGUUUCGCAUAAUCCAGAUGGAUGGGGUCCUAAGGUUACAUCGGACAAAUUUAAAGAUAUUCCUUAUCAACCAUUUUCUAAAGCUGAUCGAAUUGGGAAGAUAGCUGAUUGGAUGAAUAUGCUUUAUCACGACAAAAAAUAUACAAAUAAAUAUGCUUCACAAUAUGGAACUGGCACACAAUAUUCCUAUUAUCACGAAGACGAGGAGAGUGGGUUUCACUUAGUUGAUACUGCCAAAAUUCCUAAACCAGCUUAUCAAAGGAUAUCUAAAUACCGCUUUAACCAGCAAAGAAAUUUCAAACCUCAAUAUGGGAAAAACCAGAGAGGAAAUAAUCAGCAAAAUAGGAAUAUGAGGCAUCAACAAUAUCAAUCUAACGCAAAUAGAUCUUUUAACAAUCAAUCAAACAUGUCUAAUGCUAAUAUGGCCAAUUCUGGUGGUAUGGGAGGCAAUAAAAACACAAGCGUAAAUGCCGGCCAAGGUUAUCAAAGGCAUCAACAAAGGCACCACCAAAAGUUUUUCCGGUUUGCCACAAAAUCAGCCGUUCCAGUCAAAAUUCAUCGGGAAUCUUCUGUUAGAAUAAAACCAGAUUGGAACGUGAUCGAAGAACUGGAUUUUCAAGACCUUAAUAAAAUGGCCCUACCUAACAUGGACAAGCCUACGGAUAUAAAAUCUUGCGGAGCCAUUGAAUAUUUUGACAAGGUGUAUGAUAGAUGUAGCACAAAGAAUGCUAAAAGUUUGAUGAAAAGUAAUCGAAUUUCCCGGCAAGUCUCUACCUGUAAUGAUUUAACCAUUAGAGAACUAACGAAAACAGAAGGCAACGUUUUUUUCACCGACACCAUUUUAGCUACAUUGAUGUGCGCCACUAAAUCUGUCUAUUCUUGGGAUAUUAUAGCCGAAAAAGUGAAAGGAAAAAUAUUUUUCGAUAAAAGGGAUACUCCAGAAGUUGAUUUAAUAACGGUUAGUGAAACAUCGUUUGACCCACCUAUAGAUGACCCCGACAAUAUGAACUCUAUGAAAAAUUUAGCUAUGGAAGCUACUUAUAUUAAUCAAAAUUUCACGCAGCAAGUUUUGAGGGGGGAUGACAGGUACAAAGGCGAUUUUCCCCAUCCUCUCGAUCCUGACGUCGAUGUAGAAGAGGGCGAAUUAGUUCCUAAGUUAUAUCGCUAUCGUAAGUGGGACUUAGGAAAUAAUGUAGUUCUUGUUGCCAGAACAGAAAUCGACGCCGUUCAAUUAGGUGCUGAAAAUAACGAUGUACAAUUCCUGAAUAUCAAAUGUCUUAACGAAUGGGAUUCUAGGUAUUGCAACGGUAUGGAUUGGAGGAGUAAAAUUGAUGCCCAAAAAACUUCCGUACUCGCUAACGAGUUGAAAAACAAUGCCUGUAAAUUGUCUAAAUGGACCGCUUCUUCUAUCUUAUCGGGGGCCGACUUUAUUAAAUUAGGGUUUGUGUCUCGAUUAUACCCUACUGAUUCUACUAAACACGUGAUUUUAAGUGUUCAGCAAUUUAGACCUUCCGACUUAUCGCAAAAUAUAAAUCUCAAUUUGGUAAACGCUUGGGGUAUAGUUAGGUACAUUAUAGAUAGGAUUACUCAGCUUCCCGACGGAAAAUUUGUUAUAAUGAAGGAUCCGAAUAAGCAAUGUUUGAGAUUAUAUUCGGUUCCAUCAAAAGCCUUUUCAUCCGAAGAAUCGGAUCAGAGCGACGAAUCUGAUGAAGAAAAUGGUCGAGGCAUGGAUAAUGAAAAAGAACGAGGACAAGGUGAGGAAGAUGGGGGUUUGGAAAAAGUUCAGGAAGAAGAUGAGGGAGAACAAGAACGCGAAGGAGAAAUUUUGAUUCAAAAUAAGAAAAUUGAUGUGAACGACGAUGGGGAGAUGUAAAUUAUUUUGUUUUUUUUUAUUAGGCGAUGUCUUGCCAUUUUUUUAAGAUAUGUAUUUCUUUUACUAUAAAUAAAUAUUCCGAAUAUUUCAUUGUAAUUAUGAUUUAAAUUUUAUUAUUAUUUAUAUUAUAAAUAUUUAUACCAAGCGUCCAUUGAUUUUUUUUUUAUCAAUCAAUAUAACAAUUUUUUUAAUUCCUUAUUCGAUAUUGAUUAUAAUGUUUUGACCU